UUGUGGAGAGAAUUUGAGAUUUUGAGAAUGUGAAUAAUAGUGAAUAGUAAUUAAAAUUUUAAAAGUUCCAAGUUUUUGAAGUUUCUGAAUAACUGGAUGAAUUAAGCAGCACCCAGAGAAUCAAGGUCAUACAACGAUAACCAAAAAGUCGAAAUGGUGCAACUGUUCUUGAGAACCUCCAACCUACUUAUCAUGUCAAAUUAAACCACGAUACUCGACUUUCAUUGAGUAGAGGAUUCCUCUAAGAGGAAUAAUUUUGUAGUAUAAUCAUCUUGACAAAUUCAAGAUGUGGUGGUGGGGACAACUGCCCUCAAUUUUGGCAAUAUGCUUAUCCUGGUUAGUAUUCAGUUCCAUAACUUUUGACACAAUCACUGCUAUUCGGGUCUAUGAUGAUAAACGAUUAACGGAACUGAGGGAGGAAGUUCUCUCCGUAUUUUAUCAUGGGUACAAUAACUAUAUCGACCAUGCUUAUCCAUACGAUGAGCUGCGACCACUUAGCUGUGACGGGGUGGACACGUGGGGUUCUUAUUCCCUCACCCUUAUUGACACUUUGGACACGUUGGCAGUGGUUGGAAAUUAUUCCGAAUUUCGAAGAGUUGCUCAACUUAUUCUACAGAACGCCAAUUUCGACAUGAAUAUAAAUGUAUCCGUGUUUGAGACCAAUAUUAGAAUUCUGGGCGGACUUUUAAGCGCUCAUAUGCUCAGUCAGAAGGCUGGAAUGGAUCUCGAACCAGGAUGGCCCUGCCAAGGUCCAUUGCUCAGAUUGGCAGAAAUGGUUGGAAGAAAGCUCCUCCCUGCUUUUGAUACUUUGACUGGCAUGCCCUUUGGAACUGUUAAUUUACGAUAUGGCGUCCCUCCUAACGAGACCCCAGUAACUUGCACGGCGGGUGUUGGAACUUUUAUCGUCGAAUUUGGUGCUUUAUCUCGGCUCACAGGAGAUCCGAUCUAUGAAAAGGUUGCACUGCGUGCAAUCCACUCCUUGUACUCGAAACGUUCCCCAUUGGACCUUGUCGGCAAUCACAUUGACACCAAAACUGGAAAGUGGACAGCAGUUGACGCAGGAAUAGGUGCUGGAGUAGACUCGUUCUUUGAGUAUCUAGUUAAAGGAUCCAUCUUAUUUCAAAGUCCAGAAUUGAUGCACUACUUUCGGGUUUUUCAUCGUGCCAUCGAAAAACAUUUAGGGAAGGGAGGUUGGUAUGUUUGGGCUACAAUGGGACAAGGCCAUGUGUCAGCUACAACUUUUCAGAGUUUGGAAACGUUCUUUCCUGGAAUGCUGAGCUUGGUUGGCGAAUUCAAAUCUGGAUUGAAAGCGAUGACAAAUUAUCACAGAAUUUUAAAGCAAUAUGGAGGACUACCCGAACUAUACAAUAUCUUACAGGGUAAAGCAACACAUCAAAGAGAAGGGUAUCCCCUCAGACCUGAACUUAUCGAGUCUGCAAUGUAUCUCUAUCGCGCCACGGGUGACCCAUAUAUGCUAGAAAUUGGCGAAGAUAUCCUGCAUUCCAUUCAGUAUAAUGCGCGAACAGAGUGUGGAUACGCCACAAUUAGGGACGUCACAACUUUGACACUUGAGGAUCGCAUGGAAUCUUUCUUCUUGGCCGAGACAGUGAAAUAUCUCUACCUGUUGUUUGACCCAAAAAAUUUUAUUCACAGUGAAGGAGAUGAUGUGACUGUUGUGGACACCCCACGAGGAAAAUGCACCGUUUAUGCUGGCGGAUAUAUCUUUAACACGGAAGCUCACCCAAUUGACCCCUCUGCCCUCAAUUGCUGUACUGGCGUAGCAGAGGCUGAUUUGCAUAAAGAGAUUCAAGUGAUUGACGAAGUUCGAUCUUCUCGGGUAUUCUCUGCCCUCAAGAAAGCCAAAGCUCAUGCACAAGAUAGUUCUAAGAGAAGGAAGCGGAAAAAGAAGAAAACUGUUGAUUAUAAUAAUGACGCAGUCAAUAAUAAUAAUAUAAUUAUUACAGAAAACAUUGACACUUCAGUAGUUCGACUGCCCUCCUUGGCAAAAAAUGAAUUAGAAAAGUUAUUCGCGGACCAGAACAUUAUUCAACUUGACAAAUCUGAAAGAAUCAAUCCAUUUUUGCAAUAUAGAAAUAAGCAAUCCUUAUCAUAUUCUCCAGUUGUUCAGUACUCGCUCAAUCUCAGCUCCAUCCCUCCUAUGCAGACUGUAACUAGCGACAGUGACAAUCUGGUUUUCAAGCUAUUGAAGAAACUACUAGAUGAGCAGCCUGAUUACAAGGAAGUCGUUCGGAAAGAAUUUGCCAACGGAGUGGAAAAAGGACUACAAUUUGAGACCGGAAAGCAGGACAAGGAUUUGAGAAAGCUAGUCGAAAAGUUUGAAACCAAUUUGAAAGCGGCUGAAGAGACAGACUUGGCCAAGAGACGUAGCCUUGCGAUAAAACAAGAGAGUGGAACCGUAAAAGGCUCAUUGGGAACAGCCACCAUUAUCAAGCAGGAUAAAAAUAAUGAAAACAGAAUCAGAUCAAAAUCUCCCAUUGGCGAAACAAACCCUGAUCUGGAUUUAAUUUUUGGCACAUCAACGACCAGUCGGAGCCUUUCGUUCUACUUUUCGCUUAAAUGGCUCCCAGCCUUCCCCGACCUCCUGCUCAGACAACUCAUGCCCAGUGAAAGUUUUGACAUUCAAAAUUUUUAUUCUAGAAUGGGAAAUGAAUUUUCGUCGCAAAACUUUUCUAAAAGAUUUAAUUUUAGUGAAGCUUGGUUAGAUAAUUUUGAUGUUUUAAGGUGUCCUAGUUUAAAAAUGGCUGAUCGAUUCAUGUUUUUUAGAUCAUCUGUUGAAGAUUAGACUGUUUUCGAGUCCAAGAAAUAAAUAUUGUGAUAUUAGAAUUUAGGUAGGAUGAUGACAUAGUCUAUAAAUUAUUAUGUUGCUGAUUAUUUAAAAAAAACACAUGCAAAUAAAGCUCUAUUUCAAUACAAGUCAA